AUGUAUGACAACAUCUCUGAUUUCACAAGAUAUGAUGACGACCAUGACCCCGAACACGGUGAAGAAGAAGUUUUACAAACAUCCAUUAAGACAGGAAAAGUUUUAACACAAAGUCUCAUUAUUGACACCGAAGAUGGUGAAGUGGAUGUUCUUCAAGAGCUGAAGAAAAAUACUUCUGAAGGAGGUGAUGGUAGGCAUGAACUUGAAAUAAAUGAGAUAGAAGAGAAAUUAGCCGAAAAAGCAGAUAAAAACCAUGUUCAUUAUAUAAGUUCAGAUGAACAGAUUAUAACGGAUUAUCAUGGAUAUUUAACACAAGAUGAAGAAGUGAAGACGGAAGAUGUUAAUGAAAGAAGAUAUAAAUUCAUUCGUGCUGAAGGUUAUGACAUACACUGUACUGUACAGUAUGACACAGGUAAAGCACCAGAAGCAUUUGGUUAUAACAAUGAAAUUUAUGCUUCAUACUUCUUUGUUAACGGUGUAUUAGUUGAACCAAGAUUUAUGUUGAGAGUUAAGGCAAAAAUAACGUUUGAAGAUGCUAUUAAAAGUAAAGCUGACAAAGAUGAACUUGACGCAAUGAACAAAGUUUUGAAAUCUCAUAAACACAAUAUCUCCGAUAUAAAUGAACUUCAAGCUACAUUAAAUAGUAAAGCUGACAAGAACCAUACACAUGAAUCCUUCACUACUGUUAGAGCAGACGACAUAAUAUUGAACUAUACCCUUGGUUCAAGUGCACCUUUAGAGAAUCCAAGUACAAGCGUAAAAGAUACUCUUAAUAGUUUAAAUAGUAAAUGUAUGAACAUUGAAGGACAUGUCAGAAACUUUGAAACAUAUGAACUACCAGCAAUGUUAGAUAAGAAAGCUGACAAAACUUAUGUGGAUGAAGAACUUGAAAAGAAAGCAAGCAGAGAUGAACUUAGUUCGUAUACUAGAGCAGAAGAUAUAGCAAUAAUUCAGAAAAGUAUUGACAAAAAGGCUGACAAAAAACAUUGGCAUUAUACAGUAAAAGGAGGUAAGGGAGUGCGCGUUGGUUCAGAUUAUUCUGAAUAUCUUGAAAGAACAAAUGAAACUAAAGUCAUUGACGGUAUAACAUAUACACGUUUCAACAGAACUAAGACAGAAGUACAUUAUGAAGUUCAUAGAGAAGAUAUUCGUGAAA